AGAAGUUAAAAAAUGCAAUAAUAAUUCAUUUUUAAAUAUUUUAAAGUCAUAGAAUUAUAAAAACAUUAACAUUUUUUAAUCAUAAAAAAAACCAAACGCAACCACAUUACAUCAGACUUUAUGAUAACGAUUUCAUCAAUACUUUUUUGAAUACAUCAUCACGUUCACUUUUAGAGUGUCUUGUUAAAGGCUUUUCAACAAAUUUGUUUCUUAGAUAUGGACGAUGAGUCGUCAGACCCUUUAGGAUUUAUUGGUAGUGAGCCAGCUGAACUCAAGUUUGGUUCAACCUUUUCCGGCAAAGGUCCAGGUUUUCACACUCUUCGAUAUGAUUUUAAGCCUGCUAGUAUAGAUAUAAAUAAGCCUGCAAGUGUAGACAUAAGUCCAUCAACUCGUGAAGUUACAGUUACAGUACCUAAUUUUGAAGGUGCUGGCACAGCUCAUACUGUAUACAAAGGGUCACAAAAAGACUACACUAAAGAAUGUGUUUUAAUUAUUGACCAUGCAACUGGAGAAAUAACAUUAGAAAAACUUACUAAUAAUGUACAACUUAAAUCAACUAGAAAUGCUGUAGAAAAAUCACAAAAGCCAAUUGUGCAAAUAAAUCCAGUUUUAUCUGAAAAAAAUCGACCUACCAACAUAGAUAAACGUCUUAAAGGAAAAAGUUUACCAAUUAAACAAGUAACAAAGUCUCCUAAGAAAACUCCUCAAUCACCUAAAGUGGCUAAUUUGUCACCACCAAGUAAUGCUCAACAUGUAAAUAAGUCUCCACAAUUUUUUAUGUCUGAAUCUCCAAUGUCUUCCAGUCUUCCACUAUUAAAUGAUGACGAUUGCUCAAUGACUGGAUUUGAUUCUCAAGCACAUCCUAGUUUUUCAUUAUCUGAUAUUAAAACAGAAAUUAAAACGGAUAUGAAACAAGAAGCCUAUGAUGAUUUAGUACCAGCAGCUGGUAGUUUAGAACUAAGUGAGUCGUCUAGUGAUUCUGGUUCCAGCAGUUCAUCAGACAGUGAUAGUGAUGAUUCAACUCCGCCUCCUUCUAAACAACAUGUAGCUAAACAAACUACGCCUACAUUGAACUCUUCAAACACUAAUGGACGUUUAGUAGAUCCAGGACGAAUAUUAGAUGAAGAUCUUCAAUUAUCUGAAACUGACUCAGACUGACUGCAAUUUCAUGGCGUAAAUACCAAAUAAUCCCAAUUGAAGCCAUUUUUUCAGGCAUCGACGAUAAGUUUAUUUUUCGUAUAAAUAUGUAUUUUAAACCUACUUAAAUUUCUUUUGAUUAUUAAAAAAAAAAAAAUUUGAAAAUAAAAAAAAUAAAGAAAAUAAAGAAAAAUUACAAAAAAAAUGCAUUUUAUUUUAUGUUAGGCAAACAAAUUAACAUUAAUAACUUGUAUAUAAAUAAUAAAAAAAAUUAUUUCAUCAACAAAACAGAUUUACUAAAGAAUUAGCAUACAUUAAAGGCUUUACUGGUGGGUGUGGAACAGCUGUAUAAGUUGUAAACUUGGGUUUAAGACAUCGACCCUCAAGUUUAAUAAAUGCUCCUUUGUUACCCAUAGUGUCACAAUAAUUAGGAGCAGAAAAUACAGUCACACACUUUGAAUCAUGAGCUUCUUCAUAUCCAUUAGCCUUAACUUCAUGACUACGUAUAAUGUAAUCUAAAUUGUUUAAUUCUGUAAAUUUUUUUGUGAUA